AUGGAGAGGAGAGCGGCGAGGAGAAGCUCCGCCCACCACAGCCGAAUGCAGAUGCCGCCGGCGCCGGUGGGGCAGAAGCAGCACCAGCAGACGCAGACGCAGCGCCGCGGGGGGGCGAAGAGCUGCCAGAGAACGCCGCCGCCGCCGGGCUGCUUCACCAUCCAGCUGCUCAUGGUGUUCCUCUGGGUGGCCGCGUCGCUCGCCUUCCUGCCGCUCCUGCUGCCGCCGCUACCCCCGCCGCCGCUCUCGCUGCUGCUGCUGCCCGUGUGCCUGCUCGCCGUCCUCGCCGCGCUGGCCUUCGUCCCGCUCGACGCCCACAGCAACGUCGUCGGCGGCGGCUCGUCUUGUUUGUAG